GAGAAGAAAAGAGUGGUGUAUAUAAAGCACGAUAAGCCUCAGCAAGCGGUUUAGGGCGUAAAAGAAGAAACGAAGCCGUAGAAGAGGGCUCUUUCUUGGCCGAGCAAGCUUCUCCUGUUUUUAUUUUUCAAGAAAGAUGGACCGGUACCAGAGAGUGGAGAAGCCGAGAGCGGAUAAAACAAUUGAUGAGAACGAGAUUCGAAUUACUAGUCAAGGAAGGAUGCGUAGCUAUAUCUCAUAUGCCAUGACUCUGCUUCAAGAAAAAGGUUCGAAUGAAAUUGUAUUCAAGGCUAUGGGGAGAGCCAUCAACAAGACAGUGACUAUAGUGGAGUUAAUCAAGAGAAGAAUUGUUGGUCUCCAUCAAAUCACAUCAAUUGGAUCCACGGACAUAACAGAUACUUGGGAACCGCUUGAGGAAGGCCUCCUUCCAUUGGAAACCACAAGGCAUGUUUCAAUGAUUACAAUCAACCUUUCCAAGAAGGAGCUGAAUACAUCUUCUGCUGGGUACCAGCCUCCGUUACCUGCUGAGCAGGUGAAGGCAUUGACAGAGUUCGAGUAUGAGGGAGAUGGCUCACCACGUGGCCGUGGCAGGGGACGAGGAGGCAGAGGAAGGGCAAGGGGUAGAGGGAAUGGGUUUGUGUCCGCUGAGCAUGAGGAUGGGGGUUGGGAUCGCAAUCGGGGAUAUCCUAGGGGCAGGGGUCGAGGCAGAGGACGUGGUUUCCGUGGCCGUGGAAGGGGAGGAUUUAACGGACCUCAUGCUGAUACCCAGCAAGAUGGCGGUCAUAAUUAUGAAGGACCUCCACAAGGCCGCGGUGGUUAUAAUUAUGAAGCUCCUCCACAAGGCCGCGGUGGUUAUAAUUAUGAAGCUCCUCCACAAGGCCGCGAUGGUUAUAAUUAUGAAGCACCUCCACAUGGCCGCGGCCGUGGCCGUGGGAGGGGAAAUCGCGGAAGAGGCCGUGGAUUUAGAUCUAAUGGCCCGAUCCCUGCAGCUGCAUAAGAUGCUCAUUUUGGCAUCCUUAGAGUCGAGUGCAGACGUUAAUGUUUAGUGCCUUCUCCAAUAUUAUGUUUAGCAUCUCUCUAUUCCUCUUUCCCAUUAGUUUUUUUUUAUUGGACUCAAGUAGCAGUAGUGUUAACUUUAGGACAUUCUUGUGUAACCGCCAUAGACUAAUCCUUUCAAGUUUGAACCAUUGCCUCUCGGGGCUACCUUUUUAUGUUGUGGCUGUUGUUGGGGUGCUUGAACUUUUGUAACCGUUUUAAUCUCUACCUAGCAGUGCAUUCUUUUAUUUUUCCA